AUUGGCUGUGACCCUGAUACUCUUACCCUAUCCCUAACCAGCUCACUCCGCAUGCCUAAACCGAACCAAUCUAAUCAAAGGAGGCAACGAGUACUAGCCAAUCAAAGGCAGAGUAGGGCGGGUCUUCGCGGAAUGCGGCUGGGGAAAAAAAAAAUCGGGAUGAGCUACGCAUGCGCGCUCCCUCAACCUACAUAAAGCAAUCCUUGGUGGGCAUCUUGCGCUGAUCUGGUGAUCUGAAAAAUAUCAUCGACUGAUUGAGGGUGAUCGCAUCGCCAUGGCAUCCGGAGGAUAUCUGCAGGCAGCGGUGCUGCUGCUGGCGGUCCAGCUCCUCUGUCUGGCUGCGGCUGAUGCGGAGCAGGAGACGGGGACUGUCAUCCCUGCCGAGAGUCGUCCAUGUGUCGACUGUCACGCGUUUGAGUUCAUGCAGAGGGCACUGCAAGAUUUAAAGAAGACCGCUUUCAAUCUUGAUGCCAGGACUGAGACGCUGGUGCUGCGGGCAGAGAGGAGGGCUCUGUGUGACUGUAUGCCCGCCAGCUCACUGCGCUGAAGUCUGCACUUCACAGCCACGGGAACACCUGAGGACACUUCCACCUGUCAUCACACCCCGACACACUAAAAAAAAAACCGCAACCCCCCUUUUUUCCAAACCUCUACUCAUGUACAGCGAUUUUAAUUUAACUUAUUCACACAAUAGGCACUUUAUUUUCUUUUUUUUUUCUCUCAUAUUACUGUAGAGUGAAGCUUUGCUUUGAAAUCAUGUAUCAUAAGGCAUGUAUUGUUUUGCCUUAUUCAGGACAACUUUUAUACCACUGAUGUUUUACAUUGUCAAACACAUGCCUGUGAAAUUAGUUUGAUUUUUAUCAUCAUAGGAUUCGGGUCAGUUCUCAUCGUCCUCCUAUGAGGCAUAAACUAUUUUUUGUACUUUGUAGUAAUUGACUGUAUAAUGUAGAUACAGUAGAAUGCAUCGAUAAAUUUACUCGUUGAAUGUGUUGUAAGAGAUUAUUGUUUACGAUGAUUAUACACAUCAAACUGUAGCAUCACAUGUCAGUUUAUUUAACAGCUCAAAUACUUUGGUAACAGUUUUAAUGAGUUAAUUAAGUUACUAAUAGGAAUCAGCAAAAUGACUGUAAUUUCACUAACUGAAGUCGAUUGAUCUGAAUUCUGGCUUCUUUUGCAAAAAGGUUGGGUAACUUAUUAUUAUUAUUAUUUUGCUUUUUAAUAUCCAUGAAGAUUUUUUUUUGUAACAAAGGUGUUACCAUAAUUAGAAACAAAAAUUAAAAAAAAAAAGUUUUUAGGCUGGAAACUUGUACUUUUAAGUCUUGAUUUAGCACAGCACUGUAGCAUGAAUUUACAGCACUUUUUGUUAACGUACUGUUAAUAUAGAUUGUAUGUACAGUAUAGAUCCUGUAUGUACCAGGGUACAUGAAAUGGAGAUGUCUACAGACUUUGUCUUCUCUGUCUGACUGAAGUGUAUGCAAGAUUAGUGAUAAAUUAUAUUCUGUAGUAUCAGAUGAACUGCAAUAUCAGCCGGGGGAGGGAGGAGGAAUAGAGGGAUGUUAGCUGCAGCAGAGGACAUAGAGAUAGAAAUAACUGUCUUAUUGUUGCUUGUUCAUCAACAGUGUACUUUAUUAACAUUAUGUCACAAGAGCCCCGAUUUAUUGUCUUAAUGUUGUACCCAUCAAUAAAAUCAAUGAAUACCUUUCACAGAUCAUCACUGCGAUCUGUAAUAAACA